AUGCUCCCUCCUCCUCUUGUUUCUCCCUUCAGCGGUGCAGCUGCAGACUCCUCCGCCGCUAUCCCUCCUCCUCUUGUUUCUCCCCUCAUCGGCGUAGCAGCAGACUACUCUUCCAUUAUCCCUCCUCUUGUUUCUCCCCUCAUUGGCUUAGCAGUAGACUACACAACCGUUAUCCCUCCUCUUGUUUCUCCCCUCAUUAACACAGCAGCAAACUUCUCCGCCAUUAUCCCUCCUCUUCUUGUUUCUCCCCUCAUCGGCUCAGCAGCGACUACUCCGUCAUCAUCCCUCCUCUUGUUUCUCCCCUCAGCGGCUCAACAGCAAACUACACUGCCCUUAUUCUCCCAUCUUUUAUGCCUCUCCCCUCAACUGCUCUGCAGCUGUGUCCUCCUCCUCAUGGCGACUUCUCUCACCCUCCCCUCCCUCCCUCUACUGGUCCUUCAGCUUGCGCCCGAUGUCAGUGCAGUCAACUUCCCCAGUUGGCUGUUCUGUCUUGAGCGCACGCUGUCUUGCACACUAGUGACUAUCGCUGAAGCUGAGCGGAUUGCGGCCACGGCCCAAGCCACUGCUGCGGCUGCCCCUGACAAUGCUGCAGCCCGUGACCUAGCUCGUGUUCUUGCUGAGUUCCUCGAGAGCACCCGCAAGCGCCUCACUGAGCACCUCGCUGCAAAGAUAACUUAA